CCUUCCCCCUCCCACCACGCUAGACGACAAUGGCAUCCUCAAUGGCUUGGAGACGACUAGCCGCGGCGCCGGCGCUCUCGCGUGCCUUCCGGAACCCGACCCGCGCCUUUUCCACAACACGACCGGUCGCCCGCGUCAUCGCCAACGGGCCGCUCCGCGCGAAGGAGGCGUCGCCAUUCGUCAGCAACAAAUACCCGGUCAUCGACCACGAGUACGAUGCGAUCGUCGUCGGUGCCGGCGGCGCCGGUCUGCGUGCCGCCUUCGGUCUGGCCGAGGCCGGCUUCAACACGGCCUGCAUUUCCAAGCUGUUCCCCACGAGAAGUCACACAGUCGCCGCCCAGGGCGGCAUCAACGCCGCGCUCGGUAACAUGCACGAGGACGACUGGAGAUGGCACAUGUACGACACGGUCAAGGGCUCCGACUGGCUCGGCGACCAGGAUGCCAUCCACUACAUGACCCGCGAGGCUCCCGCCUCCAUUAUUGAACUCGAGCACUAUGGCUGCCCCUUCUCCAGAACCGAGGAUGGCAAGAUCUACCAGCGUGCCUUCGGUGGUCAGUCCCAGAAGUACGGCAAGGGCGGCCAGGCUUACCGCUGCUGCGCCGCCGCCGACCGUACCGGCCACGCUCUCCUCCACACGCUCUACGGCCAGUCCCUCCGGCACAACACCAACUACUUCAUCGAGUACUUCGCCAUCGACCUGAUCAUGCAGGAUGGCGAGUGCCGCGGUGUGCUGGCCUACAACCAGGAGGACGGCACGCUCCACCGCUUCUUCGCAAACAACACUGUCCUGGCCACCGGCGGCUACGGCCGUGCCUAUUUCAGCUGCACCUCUGCCCACACCUGCACGGGUGACGGCAUGGCCAUGGUUGCCCGCGCUGGCCUGCCCAACCAGGAUCUCGAGUUCGUGCAGUUCCACCCGACCGGCAUCUACGGCGCCGGCUGCCUGAUCACCGAGGGCGCUCGUGGUGAGGGUGGCUACCUGCUCAACUCGGAGGGUGAGCGCUUUAUGGAGCGGUACGCGCCGACCGCCAAGGAUCUGGCCAGCCGUGACGUCGUCUCGCGCUCCAUGACCUUGGAGAUCCGCGAGGGCCGCGGUGUCGGCCCCGAGAAGGACCACAUCUACCUCCAGCUCAGCCAUCUCCCCGCCGAGAUCCUUGCCGAGCGUCUCCCGGGUAUCUCGGAGACUGCCGGCAUCUUCGCGGGCGUCGAUGUCCGCAAGCAGCCCAUUCCCGUCCUGCCCACCGUCCACUACAACAUGGGCGGUAUCCCGACGCGGUACACUGGCGAGGUUCUUACCGUGGACGAGCAGGGCAACGACAAGGUCGUUCCCGGACUCUUUGCUUGCGGCGAGGCGGCCUGCGUCUCGGUCCACGGCGCGAACCGCCUGGGCGCCAACUCGCUCCUCGACCUGGUCGUCUUCGGCCGUGCCGUCUCGCACACGAUCCGCGACAAAUUCACGCCCGGCGCUCCCCUGAAGCCGGUCGAGGCCGACGCGGGCGCCCAGUCGAUCGAGACGCUCGACAAGAUCCGCACCUCGAACGGCCCCAAGAGCACCGCCGAGAUCCGCCUGGCCAUGCAAAAGACCAUGCAGCGGGAAGUCAGCGUGUUCCGCACGCAGGAGAGCUUGGACGAGGGUGUCCGGCAGAUCACCGAGGUCGACAAGAUGUUCUCGCAGGUCGGCAUCAAGGACCGGAGCAUGAUCUGGAACUCGGACCUCGUCGAGACGCUCGAGCUCCGCAAUCUGCUCACUUGCGCCACGCAGACCGCCGUCUCGGCCGCCAACCGCAAGGAGUCGCGCGGCGCGCACGCCCGCGAGGACUACCCGGAGCGCGACGACGAGAACUGGAUGAAGCACACGCUCAGCUGGCAGAAGACGCCCCACGGCCCGGUCGAGCUCAAGUACCGCCGCGUCAUCAGCACGACGCUCGACGAGAACGAGUGCAAGCCGGUGCCACCGUUCAAGCGUGUCUACUAAAAGGAAGACGGGGCGGUUUCGCUUCGGCUUUUGGUGGAUGGCGCGUUGGCGAGAGACUGUGGCCCGUGUCGGUCACUGAUUCUCUAAUGGAUGGGUUGAGCCAUGUCGAAGUUCAGGGGGAGAAAAACCGAAGUUUGGGAGGGCGAACCGGACUGGACCGGACGCUUCAUCUGUCCGGUUCGUUCGGCCUCGGCCAUCUGUGCCCCAACUGGUUCGUGUCCAUGGGGAAGGAAGAGGGGAAAUUCCGCCAAGUAUAAGCUCCUGCCUUAUGUUUCAUUUCCUUUGCCGUCUCCCUUUCCCUAGGUCUUGUACGUCUGUGCCGGGAGGGUUACUUUUGUCGAGGAACUUCUAGAUCGAUGGGGAGAUGGCUGGGAAAUGAGGACUGUGUAAGCAAAUCGGUUGUCUUGGACCGCCUCUAGCGGGGUGUGUUGUCCGUGUAUACCAAGGGGAAGACAAAUGGUGGAGACAUCGGGGUCAGAAGGAGGAGGAAGAUGAAUGAGUGGGCAGUGCGAGUCGAGAGAGUCUAAGAGGAGAAAUACAUUCAGUUUUGAAUA